AUGCCUCUAUAUGCUAAGUUUAUGAAGGAACUACUGUCUAAGAAAAGGUCUUUAGAGGAAGGCCAAAUGGUGGUAUUGACAAAAGAAUGUAGUGCUAUCAUCCAGAGAACACUUCCAAUGAAGAAAAAGGAUCCUAGAAGCUUUCACAUUCCUUGCACCAUAGGUAGCAUAAUGAUCGAGAAAUCAUUAUGUGACCUGGGUGCUAGCAUAAAUCUGAUGCCUUUGUCUCUCAUGAAGAGACUUCAAAUUCAUGAAUUGAAAUCCACAUGGAUAGCUCUCCAAAUGGCAGACAAAUCCAUCAAGCAAGCCCUUGGAGUGGUGAAAAAUGUACUUGUGAAAGUAGGAAACUUUUUCAUUCCAGCUGUCUUUGUGAUCCUUGAUAUGGAAGAAGAUUAUAACACUCUUAUCAUCCUGGGAAGACCUUUCUUGGCUACAGGAAGAGCACAGAUCGAUGCUGAAAGAGGAGAAUUGAUGCUAAGAGUGCAUGACGAGCAUCUAACAUUCAAUGUUUUCAAAAAUCUACAAGAACCAAUCCAAGAGAAGGAAUGUAUGAGGAUUGAUGAGGGAGAUCCAAACUGGAAAGAGAAAUCUGAGGAGCCACCUCUAGAACUCAUAAGCUCAUUCUUGGAGGAGAAGAAAGAAACUAAAGAGAGGCAGAAAGUUCAAGGAGUCAGAAAAGCCAAAGAAAAACCACAAGCAAAGUCCCCAAUGGUGACAAAUGAGAAAGUUCCUAACAUCGAGCCUACCAACAAGGAAGAAUCAUCAAAAAAGAGGAAGAACAGCAAGAAGAAGGUGCCUAAAGGUUGA